CAGUUAAUCGAUCGAUCCAUCAACCCUCACGUACAGAAGUGGGAAGAUGCUGGACGAUUUCCAGCACACACCGUAUUCAAGCAACUCGGCAAUCUUGGUGUUUUGGCUGUGAAUAACUUUUGGGGGACUUGGUCUGGAUUUCUCCUACUCGAUCGUGGGAUGACCCUAGGCUUUCAUAUCCAGCAGAAUACAACGCUCUUCCAGACGAAUAUGGCCACACCAGCAUUGGCUGAAUUCGGCUCCGAUUCAUUGAGAGAGGAGUUCCUUGCUCCAUCCAUAGCCGGAGACCUUGUUUCCUGCAUUGCCGUCAGUGAGCCAGAAGCAGGUAGCGAUGUAGCAGCUAUCCGAACUAGAGCUGACCGAAGUGGUUCCGACUUGAUCAUAAACGGGCACAAAAUGUGGAUAACGAGUGGAGAGCAGGCUGAUUGGGCGUGCGUUCUUGUCAACACAAACAACAAUCCGUCUCCUCAUCGGAACAAAAGCCUUGUUUGCGUGAGAUUAAAUGAGCCAGGAGUUCAUCGAUCGGCUAAGCUGAAAAAAUUGGGAAUGCACUGCUCAGACACGGCUGAAAUUUUCUUCGACAACGUUAGGGUACCAGAACGCUGUAUAAUAGGUGAGGAAGGUCGCGGAUUCUUCUAUCAGAUGCUGCAGUUUCAAGACGAACGGCUGGUAGCGGCUGCAGUCUUGUUGGAGCCCCUUCAACGAUGUAUUUCUCUUACGGCACAGUAUGCGUCGGAGAGGAAAAUUUUCGGCAGUACCGUCCUCGAUCAGCAGACUGUGCACUUUACACUGGCCGAGUUACAAUCGGAAGUCGAAGCUGUUCGAGCUCUACUCUACCGGGCGGUUCUGUCGAGGCUUAAUGGCGAUGACGUCACUUUGCUGGCCUCCAUGACGAAGCUAAAGGCUGGACGAUUGGCUCGGGUGGUCACAGAUAGUUGCCUUCAGUUCUGGGGUGGCAACGGCUUUACGUGGGACAAUCCUGUCUGUCGAAUGCACCGCGAUCUUCGACUACAUUCCGUCGGAGCUGGUGCUGAUGAAGUCAUGCUGUCGAUAAUCUGUAAAUAUAUGGGAAUCGCACCACAAAAGCAUCGAUUAUAG